UGCGGCUGGGAUGGUGGGUCCUGCUUCUCUGCUCUGACUGUCGACAAGUCCGAAGUGGCGCAACACCUCCAACUACACCACGGUGUGAAACCUGGCGGCGACAAAGAUAGGACUUCAUGCCGAUGGGAGGGCUGCGGGAAGAAAAUGAAGAAGGAGAGCAUAUCGCGGCACAUCGUUGCAGUUCAUUUGGACAACAAAACGGAAUGUGGUAGUUGUGGAAAGACAUUUGCUCGGUUAGAUUCUGAACUGCGCCAC